AUGCGGAGGGACUGCGCCUUCAGCCUCCGACCUGGAGGCCAGGAGGCCGACCCAGCCCGCGGUCCCGCCCCGCGGCGCCCAGUAUUCCUGGCUGCCCGCGGCGGGGUCCCCGGCCCCCAGCCCGCCAGCCCCGGGCGGGGCUCGCACCCACCUGCGGCGGCGCGGCGCGGGCCAGGUUCGGCUGCGUCGUCGCUCGAGGCUGUGCGCCGCCGCGGCCGCCGCGCCUCGGCUCCCGCCGCCCGGCCCUCCCCCGGGCAGCUCCACGUGGCUGCUCCACGUAGCCCUCCCGGCUGCAGCCGCCGCCCUGGCCCGGGCAGAGUCCGGAGCGCCAGCGCCGUGGCCUGGGUCUCCGCCCCGCCCCGCCCCGCCUGGCCCGCAGACCCCGGCCCUCUGCGGCCCCCACCGGGCGAGGGAGAGCGUGGUUUGAGGAAGGAGCUGGAGCUGCCCCACAAGAGGGCGGCUGCGGGGAAGGCCGCUAGUCCUCACAAGAGGCCGCAGGGCCGCACCACCCCUCGCCACGCCCGCCGCCGGGAGCACGGGCGGUGGGCGGGGCCCGGGUCUCCGAAUCGCCGGGCAGUGCGGGCGGAACCCGCACAAGCUGUCCAAUGGCGUGUAACGGGAGGGGCCCAGCGCGCACCUGCGGGCCCACUAAUCGAAGCUCAGGCGUCAGAGCCAGUCGAGAACUUGGGAGUGGAGGCUCAGCAACGCGAGAGGCUGAGCUCCUCCCUGGGGAACCAAGAUGACACCUGGACAGAGUCCUUCUCUCUGCUUUUGGGACUUGGCGCUGCCCUCUCCUUGGGCUACUACUGGGCAUGGGUGGCCCAGAGGCCACAACUGGUGACUGGGUCCCAGUUUCUGGCCUUCCUGGAGCAACAGUGUCCAGUCACUGUGGAGACUUUCUACCCUACGCUCUGGUGUUUUGAGGGGCGGCUACAAACCAUCUUCAGAGUCUUACUGCAGUCUCCGCCUGUAGCCCCUUACUCCAGGGAAGUUCUCGAAACCCCGGAUAGAGGACAGCUCCCCCUAGACUGGGCCAGCCUGCCUAACAGCAGUCAAUAUCCUGACCUUACCACCCAGCCCGUUGUUUUACUGCUUCCUGGUAUCACGGGCAGUAGUCAGGAGACAUAUAUCUUGCACCUAGUUGACCAAGCUUUGAAGGAUGGCUGUAGGGCUAUCGUAUUUAAUAACCGGGGCUGCCGUGGGGAAGAACUGCUGACCUACAGGGCCCUCUGGGCCAGCAACACUGAAGAUCUGGAGACAGUCGUGAACCACAUAAAGAGCCGCGACUCCCACGCUCCACUGCUGGCUGUGGGCAUCUCUCUCGGAGGGAUAUUAGUGCUGAAGCACCUGGCUCGAAUGGGCCGGGCUGCGGGGCUACUGACUCUGCCUGCAUGCUGGGAUACUGAGACCACCUGCUCCCCGGAGACCCCACCGAACUCACUGCUCUUCAGUCAGCACCUCACUGCUGGGCCCUGCCGAGCUGUGAACCCAAACAGAAAGGUGAUGGAAAAGGUGGUGAAUGUAGACUUUGUGCUACAGGCCCACACAAUCCACCACUUUGAUGAGCGUUACACAACUGUGGUCUUUGGCUAUCAAGACUGUGCUGCCUAUUACCGAGCAGCAAGCCCAAGAACCAAGGUAGAUGCCAUCCAGAUCCCUGUGCUCUGGCUCAAUGCAGCUGAUGACCCCUUCUCCCCAGUCCAUGCCCUUCCCCUACAGGCUGCCCAACAUUCUCCCCACGUUGCACUGCUCAUUACAGCUCGGGGUGGCCACAUCGGCUUCCUGGAAGGACUCCUUCCCUGGCAGCACUGCUACAUGAGCCGCCUCUUGCACCAGUAUGCCAAAGCCAUCUUCCAGCACCCAGCAGAGCUGCUCAGCCUCAGGGCACCCACUCCUUCGGAGGGAGGCAAAAGCUGA